AUGGAUUUUCGCCACUCAAGCGAUCCAGGCCCGGUUGACGGCUCGCAAACAGCCGAGGGUUCGGAUUUACCACCACCGUAUCCGUGGAUUGCGCGAUCUUUUACCAGCAGCUCUAUUCCUCGAGUAAACCUUCGGAGCUUUUCCUUUCACCGCAAAGCGUCCGAGUCCAAGGCCGAGGAUGUCUGGGGUCCUGUCGGCCUCAAUCUACUUUACUCGCCCCCUGACCCCAUCGUCGACUUAAUCUUCGUCCAUGGACUCCGGGGAGGAUCUGUCAAAACAUGGUGCAAGUCAGAUGACCUGCGGCUUUAUUGGCCGCAGGCAUGGCUGCCUCAAGAUCCCGACCUACAGAAUGCCAGGAUCCAUUCUUUUGGGUACAACAGCGACUGGGCGGAGACGAAGGAGACCUGUCUUGACCUACAUGACUUUGGACGAUCGCUUUUGGGAGAGAUGGUAACGUCGUCAGAGUUAAGGAAGGGAAGCCAAACGCCCAUCUUACUGAUCGGCCAUUCCAUGGGGGGCUUGGUCAUUAAGAAAGCCUAUCUUCUCGCUCAACAGGAUGAUAGAUCAAGGGAUCUCGCCCGUCGAAUCCAAUGCAUGUUCUUCUUAGGAACUCCUCAUCGGGGGAGUGAUUCGGCCAAACUGUUGAACAACGUUCUUCGAGCUAGCGCCUUCCUAAGUCCAAAAGCAUACGUUGUCGACAUCAAUCGGAAUUCCGGGGCGAUAUCCGUCAUCAAUGACGAGUUCCGGUUCUACAGUGACAGCCUCCACAUCUGGUCCUUUUACGAGACCGUCAAGACCAGACUAGGGACAGUAGCAACCAUGAUUGUAGACAGGGACUCGGCAAUCAUAGGCCAUCGACGAGAGGUUGUCAAUCCUAUGAACGCGGAUCAUCGCAACAUGUGCAAAUUUGAGAGCCCAACAGACCCAAAUUACAUCUUCAUCCGAAAUUCCCUCGUUAAGGCUACUGAGGAUGUGCUAGGCGAUGUCUUUGAUCGACGAGCAGACGAGACAAGACUCCAAACCAUUAUGCUUGAGGCAUAUCUGCAUAUCGCACACUACCCCGAAGAUGACCUACACGCUAUCGAGUCCAAGAAGUCAGACGGGUCCUGCGAGUGGGUCACGGACUCGUCACUGUUCCGGCAAUGGCGAGACGAUGAGACUGAGUCCGUCUUUUGUUACUGGCUUUCCGGGCAGGCCGGCGCUGGCAAAUCUGUUCUCUCAACGCAUAUCGUUAGACAUCUGCAAAACCAAGGUGUCGACACGUGCUUCUACCUUUUCCGGCAUGGACAAAAGGCAAAGCAAACAGCCAGCAGUCUGCUGCGUGCCUUCGCAUUCCAGAUGGCCUCACUUCACCCCUCCAUUCGCAAGAUGCUUACCGCGAUGAGAGAAGGGGGCGUCAUGUUCGACAAGGAUGAUGAGAGAGGAAUAUGGAGGAAGAUCUUUGUCAAUGGCAUCUUACCCACCGCCAUCCAGAGAACACAAUACUGGGUCGUGGAUGGCCUCGAUGAGUGUGUCGAUCCAGAGAGACUUCUUCCUCUUAUCUGCAACUUUGAGUCAAACUUCAAGGUCAGGAUUCUGUUCAGCUCACGACGACUACCCGAACUCGAGAAACACCUCGCGAGGUUUGGAGAUCGGCUUCUUCGACAUCACAUUAGCAUUAACGAUACGCUGUCGGAUAUCCAACGAUUCAUUGAAAACAACUCUGACGAGCUCCCCGUUGAGCCGGAGCACCGACCUCAGCUGAUCGAAAAACUCGUCAACAAAUCUGACGGGACUUUUCUGUGGAUUGAGCUGGCCUUUGAGGAGCUGAGUAAGGUCUUCAGCGAAGAUGAAGUCGACGAAGUCCUCGAUCAGGUUCCAGAAGGCAUGGCACCUUUGUACAACCGCAUCCUCGAAGCAAUGGCUAAAAAUGAUCGCCAAGUCAGAAUGACGCGGGCGAUCCUGGAGUGGACUGUCUGCGGAACUCGACCGCUGAGCACCGAGGAGCUGCAGGCCGCCUUAGCGCUGGACUUGAACACAAAGGUACGGAACGUCGAAAGGGUCAUCGAAGAGCUUUGUGGUCAGUUGCUCAGAAUCGACGACAAUAGACACGUCCAUAUACUCCACGCUACAGCCCGCGAGUUCCUCCUUAGCAAAGACUCGCAUCCAGUCUUCCAGAUGGACAAGGAUGCCGCCAAUCACCACUUGGCACUAGUGUGUCUGAAGUAUCUCAACAGCGAGGAGAUGCGACCUCCCCGACAUCCUGCUCUGGUUGGCAAGCCUGUCACUCGGUCAGCGUUUGUGGAUUACGCAUGCACGUCCUUCUCUGAGCAUCUUGCUUCAUCCCCCACGGCAUCCGAUGAGGUCUUCCUACUCCUGGACAAGUUCUUCCGCACUAAUGUGUUGGCCUGGGUGGAAUACAUCCUCGCAAGGAAAAGAAAUCUCUACUAUAUUACUCGAGCAUCCAAGAAUCUCCGCCGAUACCUUGACAGGCGAUCCAAGUACGCACCGCCCUUGGGUGUCCAGUACAGCAACAUACAAAUGUGGCAGACAGACCUGCUACGCAUUGCCCUAAGAUUUGGAGAAAACCUGCUCAAGAAUCCUUCCUGCAUCCACUUCCUAGUGCCACCUCUUUGUCCCACCGAGACUGCAGUCAACAAGCUUUUUGGGCGUACCAUACCAAAGAGCCUGCAACUGAGUGGAUUGACCAACAGCAAUUGGGAUGACUGCAUCUGCUACAUCGAUUACCGAGAGUCAAGGGCACUGUCCUUGGCAGCAUCUGAUGGUUUCUUCGCAAUCGGUAUGAAGUCGGGCGAUAUCAAGGUCUACCAGCAGAGCACAUGCCAACAGAUCGCCACAUUUGUCCACGGGGAGCCCGUUGGAAAGGUCAGAUUUGAUAAUGCCUCUCAGUAUCUUGUGUCGGCAAGUUUUAAGAAGCUCAAGAUGUGGACCAUCGAAGGGGAGCUGCUCUGGACCGUCGCCAACGCAACUCUUCUCUCAGCCAUUUCCUUCACCGAAGACGGUAAAUACGUCGUCACACUCGACAGAUACGGCAACAUUAACACAUUGAAUAUCUGCGAUGGCACCAAAGUUCAACCCGACCUUCCAGGCGACUCUGCAAAGAAGACCAACCUCAGCCAAGGUGCGUGGCGGGUCAUCUCAGACGCUGAUAUUUGUCCCAAGACCGAGCUCGUCGCCAUCAGCUACCGGGGCUGGCCUCCACAGAUAUGGAGCAUAGAGCAGGACGUAAUGAUUGGAACCUGCAACCUAAGUCGGGACAAGCCUGGUGUUCACAUCAUGCCGGUCUCACAGCUGCUCUUCAACCCCAACCCAGCUAUCGAGCUCAUCGCAGUGGCCUACCAGGACGGUGAACUCGCCAUCUUCGACAAAUGGCCCGGCGGUCCCGAAAUCAAGGCGAUUUCUGCGAAUGCACUGACUCUUGCCGCAACCGUGGAUGGACGCACGCUCGCGACGGGAGAUGCAAAGGGAACCAUCAAGCUCUGGGAUUUCGAAACACUCACCUUGCUAUACUGGAUCAAGUCUACCGAGCAUGAUGUCAGGUCGAUGGCCUUCAGUGGCGAUGGAUUUCGGCUGUACGACAUCAGAGAUACCAAGACCAAGGUCUGGGAGCCUGCUGCCCUGGUGAGGAAAGGCGUUUCCGAAGACUCGAGUGUCAGCGAGUCAGUUCAUUCCCCGGUUCCCAUUAUUGAGCGAGACCGUGAGCUUGUUGGCAUUAUGCAAAUCUUAUCGCCGCCGGAGGCCGGGUGCAUUUUUGUUGGGAAAGCUGACGGGUCUGUGGUUGUCUAUGAUUCGGCUACGGGCGAUAUUGUAUCGUCCUUGUAUUCGCAUGGACGUGGAUGGUAUGCCUUUGUGAGGAGCCUGUCUUGGAAUCGCCACAUGAUUGCAAGUGCGGAUGCCUCGAACAACAUAACAGUCCACACCUUGGAAAAGGUUGGGCCGAACAAUUGGAAGGUUACGGCCAGGGUCUUCGAAAAGAGGCCAGAUGGCGAUGGCGACAUUCAGCAACUGCUGCUACACCCGGCAUCCCCUUUACUGUUGGUCUUGAAGGGAUCUUCGGAAAUGCUCUUCAAAAUUGAUACGCAAAGCAGGAUCCCGUUGUCAGACCGGAGCUGCAAUGGUUACCGAUCAUGCCUUUGGUUGCCGUCGGCUUCAGGAUCCGUUCUCUUGCUGGGUGUGAGAGCAACGGAACCGGUGAUUGACAUUUUCGCCCCCGAUGCAGAGGGUUUGGAAUACCAGUUGAGAGACAUAUGGGACCUAGGAACCUCUGAAAUUCCCGUGUCAUGUACCAUUAGAUCAAUUUCGACCGAUGCGACAGGGAGCUAUCUCGCCGUCCUCCUGGAGAACAACCCAAAGCUGCCCCCUGGCCCUGGGCUGUUGAUCUACAGGAUACCCGUUCUUUCUCUUGAUGGGCUAGCUGGAUCUCAUGCAGAGAUUACUGAGCUCCCAGCCCUUACCAUCCCUGACACCGACAUGAAGACCUUCUUCGGUUUUUAUAAGGAGCGCCUUGUCUUCCUGGAUCACGAGCUCUGGGUCAAAUCGAUCGAUCUCUCCAAAGUCCACGCUGGCACUACUCUUGAUUCACUUACAGAUCGGCACUUCUUCAUCCCGCGUGAGCUUAUCGGCAGUAACAAUGGGGUGGACGGGGUUGUAACCGACACAGGCACUGUGGUGUUCCCAAAAGAGGGGGAGUUGGCGGUAGUGAGACAUGCAUUGGAGUGGACAUUCGUGGCGAAUGAUACAAAUGAGAAGGAGAUAACGCCGCCAAGACGCGCAGGGACGUUUGAAAUUGCAUUACGGGGAGGGAGGAGAAGGGGAUUGAUACAUACGCCCUCUCCAACAUAGGUACCCUUAGACGGUAACCUGGAGGGGUGAUUUCUGUUGUUAUCCGGAGUCUCACGGACCAGCUUGUUGAUGAACCGGGGCAUGACGGACAUGGCUGAAGGCCCAAUAUCAAGAGUUCAUACGGUUUUGAUCAAUAGUAGAUAAUUCAGGGGUUCAGCAUAUUAGUACUGUGAUACCAACAGACAACCUACACCCAGGACAACUGUACGAUUCAUAGCUCAAUGGAAGACCACUGAAUGAGCGACUC